AUGAGGCGACCUUCGGACUUUGAUUCUCAUCCGAGACUUCCAAUAUUCAUCGAACAGCUAUUCUGCAUACCUUCUGAUCAGCGCGACUCCGAACAACCAAUACGACUCAACAAGACUCCAGCACUAUUUACAGCGUCAUCCCUCAGCUUCUCACAACAGACCCCGCUACUAGAUUGUCUGGCUGUAACACCUUGA